AUGCCUGUCGCAAAGCGCAAACCUCGUCCAACCCCCAUCCCUAUGCCUGCCAACGGCAGCGGGAACAACGGCGAUGCGCGCCCCCACAACGCCGGUCCGCGCACCCCAAAGACGCCCAAGACGCCCCAGGAUGAAGCCAUGGCCUUCUUCUCCGGCGAGCAUGAUGGUACCCCAGUCCAGGUCUGGGAGCUCGAGCUUGAGGACGACGGCGGCCCUGGCGAGGGCAAGUCGUACAUUCGCUUGCCCGCGCCCACUACGCCGUACGUGCUACGCUUCUCGAUCCAGCCAGGCACGUCCAUGACCCGCAACGGCCAUGGUGUGCUCAAGAGCGACUUUCCCAUGGACGGCGGCGCGUUCCAGCGCGGCAAGUUCUACUCGCGCAAUCUUCCUUCGAACCUCUCAAAACCCAUCAACGUCGACCUGCCUAUCUCGGCGCCCGGCGCGUUCUGCUACUACGUCGAGUAUGACGGACAGGACGGCGAGCGUGUGAUGGGCAGACGCGGGUACUUCAACGUCGACCCCAUCAUUUCGCUGCCGGCUCGCACACCCUUCAAUCUCAACGGUGAUGUGCUAGGCGACACGAGCUCGGGCAAAGUCGAGAAGAAGAGCGUUACAAUCCCCCUUGAUGGCCUCACGAUUCUGUCCAUUAUCGCUAAGUGGCAGGGCAAGGUCAACGCGUGGGACAAGCACCUCGCCGAGGCGAGUCGCCGCGGGUACAACAUGAUCCACUACACGCCUCUGCAGGUGCGCGGCGAAUCGGGUAGCCCCUACUCGAUCUACGACCAGCUCGCGUUCGACCCCACCCUUCUCACCGAACCCACGGCCAAGGACGGCGGGUACAGCGAGAUCUGCGACGCGAUGCGUUACGCUCGCGACAAGUACGGUCUCGGGGCCAUCACCGACGUCGUGCUCAACCACACUGCCCACGACUCGGCUUGGCUCCAGGAUCACCCAGAGGCUGGAUACUCGCCCCACAACACGCCCCAUCUUGCCCCCGCUGUUGUCCUCGAGGAUGCAAUGUACGAGCUCACGGACAACCUCAAGUCCCUCGGGCUGCCGACGAUGGUCACGAGCGAGGCCGACCUGAAGCGCCUGGACCAGGCUAUUAAGGAAGCUAUCGCCAAGCUCAACUUAUGGGAGUACUACGCCAUCGACGUCCAGGCGUCUGUCCGGGCUGUCGUUGAUGAGCUCGCUGCCAGGAAGAUUAAACCGUGGAAGGGCCAACCACUCGCUGGCAAGACCACUGUCGAGCUCGCUAAGGUAGCCCUCGCGACACCGGGAUUCAUCCGGAACUACCGGGCGUACUCGGCACCGCACUGCACGUAUGUGGACGCUGAGGAGGCUGCCGGCUUCAUCGAUGCAGCUUUCCCUCACUCUGCCCACAUGCAGGCGCCGGAGUGGGGCAAGGUCCUAGACGUGAUCAACGUCGACCUCUACAAGGAGUUCAACGGCGACAUGGACUCUGCCAGGAACCAGAUCGUGGGACGUCUGCGGUUCACGCGCCUCGAGGAAGGCGGGCCCAAGCUCGGCGAGAUCAACAAGCAGAAUCCCAUCGUCGAGCCUUACUUCACUCGCGUCAAGCAGCCUAAGGGUACCAAGCACCCCGCAUCUGCUUUCACUGUCGCUAACAAUGGCUGGAUGUGGGCUGCCGACCCACUCAAGAACUUUGCCGAGUACCCAUCGAAGGCGUACCUCCGCCGCGAAGUCAUCGUCUGGGGCGACUGUGCCAAGCUGCGCUACGGCAAGGGCCCUGAGGACAACCCAUGGCUGUGGCAGCACAUGACCAAUUACUGCGAGAUGCUCGCGACGACGUUUGAUGGCUUCCGCCUCGACAACUGCCACUCGACGCCCCUGCACGUCGGCGUUCACAUGAUCGAUGCUGGGCGUAGAAUCAACUCGGACCUCUACGUCAUGGCGGAACUGUUCACGGGCAGCGAGGAGAUGGACCUCAAGUUUGUGCGAGAACUCGGUAUCAACAGCCUUGUCCGCGAGGCCUACAACGGCGGAAACAACAAGGAGUUUGCCAGGCUUCUCUACCGCUUCGGCGUGGGAAAGCCUAUCGGUUCGAUGGACACAGCUGUCCUCUCGAGUCGAGGCGAGAUCCAGGGUCUCGCUGGUUCUAAGCUGCCUCGUCCUUCCAUCGUGACGCCUCUGCAGGGCUCUCAGCCGCACGCCGUGUUCUACGACGUCACCCACGACAACGAGUCGCCGGCUGACAAGCGCACUCCUGAGGACGCUCUCUCCACCGGUGCGCUCGUCUGCUUCACCAGAGCCGCCGUGGGCUCCAACAAGGGCUUUGACGACCUCUACCCCAAGCUCCUGAACCUCGUGACGGACACGCGCAUGUACAGCGUUUCAGGACCGGCCGACGAACAGGGUAUUGGGAGAGUCAAGCGCGUGCUGAACCACCUACACACGGAGAUGAUGAUCGAGGGGUACGAAGAGGGUCACGUCCACGAGGAGGGCGAGUACAUCAUGGUUCACCGCGUCCACCCCAAGACGCACAAGGGCUACCUGGUCGUCGCCCACACUGCGUUCCCCGGAGCCAAGGGUCGCGGUCACAUCAACCCGUUCCGUCUCGGGCGCACACGGGCGAGAUUCAUCUUUGGCGCUUCCAUCCAUACCCGUCGCAACGAGUGGAAGGAUGACCCGAAGGUCCACUACGGCAUCCCUUCGACUCUGACUCCGAUCCGCGCGGAGGAGGUAAACAUGCGCUGCGGGACGGACGACAACGGCAACUACACAGAGGUGGUGGUGCCCGACUCGUUCGACCCCGGAAGCAUCAUGGUCUUUGAGACGGAGAUGGAGGGCAUGGCACCGGACCUUGAUAGCCAGUGUCGGAGGGGCGUCGACGAAGCUUUCGCCGACGUCGAUCUCGUAGAUCUCAAUGUGCUUCUCUACCGAGCCGACGGCGAAGAGCGCGACGCCACCGGCGGCGACGGCGUGUACGACAUCCCCAACUACGGUCCCCUCGUCUACUGCGGGUUUGAGGGUUGGAUGGCGCCGCUGCGCCAGAUUAUCACAUACAACGAUCUUGGGCAUCCACUCUGCGAACAUCUCCGCCAGGGGACAUGGGCGCUUGACUACGUCCACAUCCGACUCGCCAAGCAGAACGACACGCUUCCUCGCCUCGCCAAGCCGGCCGCUUGGCUCGAGGAGCGCUGGGAAAUCAUCAAGAAUACCGUCCCGGCAUUCAUGCGGCCCAAGUACUUCGCGCUCGUUAUCUACGAGGCCUACAAGGCGGCGUGCGGAGCUGUACUUGAGCAGCAGUCUGAGUUUAUCACUUCCGGUCACGGACUCACGAAGAGCCUCGCGCUCUGCUCUGUGCAGAUGUACGGACUGGUCAAGUCGGCCAGCAUCAGCCCCUACAAGCCGGUUCCCAGUCUCGCAGCUGGUCUUCCGCACUUCACGGCCGGCUGGGGUCGCUGCUGGGGUCGCGACGUUUUCAUUGCGUUACGCGGCCUCUUUCUCACCACGGGCAUGUUUGAGGCUGCGCGCGACCACAUCCUCGCGUUCAGCACGACGCUCAAGCACGGCCUCAUUCCCAACCUCCUCGACUCGACGCGCAACCCGCGCUACAACUCACGGGACUCGCCUUGGUGGAUGAUCCAGAACAUCCAGGACUACACCAAGAUGGCACCGGACGGCCUCUCGAUUCUCAAGGAGUCGGUGAAGCGCCGCUUCCCGGCUGACGACACAUGGGUUGCAUGGGACGAUCCGAGGGCGUUCUCGUGGAGCAGCACCAUUGCCGAGAUCAUCCAGGAGAUCCUGCAGCGUCACGCGGAGGGCAUUGAGUUCCGCGAGCACAACGCCGGGCCAAACCUCGACUGGGACAUGAGCGACGAAGGCUUCAACCAGAAGAUCUGGACCGACUGGGAGACCGGCUUCAUCUACGGCGGCAACCGCUACAACUGUGGCACGUGGAUGGACAAGAUGGGCUCCUCGGCAAAAGCGGGCAACAAGGGUCUGCCUGCGACCCCUCGUGACGGAUCGCCCAUCGAGAUCACGGGUCUCCUCAAGUCGACACUCUCCUGGCUCGAUGGACUGAGCCGCCAGAACCAGUUCCCCUUCAAGGGAGUUGAGGCAACUGUCAAUGGUCAGAAGCGCCUCGUCACCUACAAGGAGUGGGCGGACCUCAUCCAGGUGUCGUUCGAGAAGUACUACUGGGUGCCGCUCGACCCUGCUGAGGACAAGGACUUUGUCAUCAACCCGUCGCUCGUGAACCGUCGCGGCAUGUACAAGGACGUGUACGGCACACCCAAGGACCGCGAAUUCAGUGACUACCAGCUGCGCUGUAACUUUACGUUGCCGAUGGUAGUUGCGCCCGAGCUGUUCACGCCCACGCGCCAACUCGCGGCGCUCCGUCUGGCUGACCGCACGAUCCGCGGGCCGCUCGGCAUGAAGACCCUCGACCCGAGCGACAUGCAGUACCGGCCCGACUAUGACAACCAAAACGACAGCUCGGACCCGAGCGUGGCCAAGGGCUGGAACUACCACCAGGGCCCAGAGUGGGGUUUCCCACUUGGCUGGUUCUUGUGCGCGUGGCUCAAGCUGAGAUUUGGCCACGACGAUCUCAAGGCGAAGGACGGGUUCCGCAGCAAGGAAGAGAACCUGCACCACGUCUCGAGCGUGUUGGUCAAGCUGCAUGAACACAUUGAGAAGGACCCCUGGCGCGGACUCCCGGAGCUGUGCAACCACGAUGGGACAUUCUGUCGCGACUCGUGCACCACACAGGCGUGGUCGGCGAGUACUAUCCUCGACGUGCUCGAGAUGCUGCACAUGAUUGAGAAGGGCGAGUCGAUCCGCUCGGUGGUGGUAUAG